AUGGCGACCGAGUCAUCAUUCCCAGUUCUCUCCGCCAACCUGGACCUACGGGGAGAGUUAUUCCAAGCAAAUAAGAAGAGCUGGGAACCUGUAUUGGAAAGAUUCGAAGAUUGCUUGCGGAAAGUCUCUGCCGAGGGGAAUGAUGUCUCUUUGAAAAGACAUCAAAGCCGUGGUCAACUACUGCCCAGAGAUCGAGUCGCAUUGUUGCUGGACCAAGACUCACCUUUUCUGGAACUCGGUGCCUUCGCUGGAUUUGAAAACAAAGACUCUACACCAUGUGCGAAUUUGAUUUCUGGAAUUGGUAACGUUUGUGGACGACCAUGUCUUCUCAUGUCGCAUAUUCCGACGCAAAGCGGUGGUGCUUGGAAUGAGAUGACAGUACUGAAAGUGAAUCGGAUGAUGGAAAUUGCGUUUGAGAAUGAUCUACCGCUUAUCUCUUUGGUUCAAUCUGCUGGUGUUUUCUUGCCUCAACAGUUUCGAGUAUUCCACAAGGGUGGCCAGCUCUUCCGCGACCUUGCAGUACGCACGCAGCAUGGAAAGCCAUCAUGUGCAAUCGUCUUCGGAGCCUCAACAGCAGGUGGCGCAUACCACCCGGCUUUGUCGGACUAUACAAUCUUCGUUGAAAAUCAAGCCCAAGCUUACCUUGGCGGUCCGCCUCUGGUGAAGAUGGCUACUGGAGAGGUGAUUGAGGCCGAGGAGCUGGGCGGUGCCAAAGUCCAUGCUGUUACGACUGGCCUUGCGGAUCAGAUUGCUUCUGAUGAGUUCGACGCUAUCUCAAAGGCCCGAGAGUGGGUAGCCUCGUUGCACGUACGAACCACCAAACUGAAAGUAAUCGAACCACUUGCCCCUCGGUAUCCCUCUGAUGACCUGUUGUCAAUUGUCAAUCCCGAUAUUCGCAAGCCUUUUGAUAUGAGUGAGGUCUUGCUGCGAAUUGUGGACGAUUCACGUCUAUCCGUCUUCAAGCCGAAGUACGGACCAAAUAUCAUCACCGCCUGGGCUCAUAUUAUGGGAUUCCCCGUUGGUAUUGUAGCCAAUCAACUAUCUGUCAUCAACCCGAACGAGGCAGGAAAGGCUGCGCAAUUCAUUCGGAUGUGCAACCAGCAAAACACUCCGAUAGUUUUCCUUCAUAAUGUCACCGGGUUUAUGGUCGGCGCCAAGGCAGAACACGCCGGAAUCAUCAAGAUGGGAGCUCAACUCGUCUCGGCUGUCAGCUGUUCGAUGGUGCCUCACAUCGCCAUCAUCAUCGGUGCUUCCUAUGGAGCUGGGAACUACGCUAUGUGUGGGCGGUCAUAUAAGCCACGCUUUCUUUUCACAUGGCCGACCGGUCGCUGCAGUGUAAUGGGACCCGAUCAGCUGUCAGGUGUUAUGGAGAAUGUACAACAAGCGAGUGCUAAGUCGAAGGGUGUGACUCUGUCGCCUGAGAAGCUGAAGAAGCAGGUGCAAGAAUUCAGGGACAGGGCACAGCGGGAUGCGGAGUGCUACUCGACUAGUGCUGCGUUGAUUGAUGAUGGAAUUAUUGAACCUCGGGAUACGCGGGAUGUAUUGGGGAUGUGUUUAGAGGUCGUUACGUUGCAAGGAGUGAAGGGGGCCGAGUCGCAUAAUCUGUUGGCAAGAAUUUAG